ACCAUCAUCUUUCGUCCUAUUUUCAUAAAUUCGAUUCUCUGGUAAAGUAGCCCUUAGCUCUAAAUCUCUGUCUCUCCGAAAUUUCAAUCACAUCCUUGAGGGACGGAACCCCAAUUGAGCUCAUAGAUUGAAUUGCGCAGCCAUGGCUAGCAAUGGGGCUGUUGGAGUAGAUAAUACUCAUAGAAGGAAAUUCGAUCUUGAAGAGUAUGCUGAGAAAGCCCGCGAGCGUGAAAGAAAGGAAGAGGAGGGAGCUCGUAAGUCGAAAUCGAAAGGUCCUCCGGUGCAGAGGAAGCCAUUGAAGCACAGGGAUUAUGAAGUAGACCUUGAAUCUCGCUUGGGGAAAACACAGGUUGUUACUCCAAUAGCACCUUUAAGCCAGCAGGCUGGAUACUUUUGUUCAGUUUGUGAGUGCGUUGUAAAAGAUUCUGCAAACUACUUGGAUCAUAUCAAUGGCAAAAAACAUCAAAGAGCUUUGGGUAUGUCUAUGCGGGUAGAGCGGGCAUCUCUUGAACAGGUCCAGAGUCGAUUUGAAAAGCUCAAGAAGCGGAAAACUGAUCUGCCCUUCACUGAGCAAGAUCUUGAUGAACGGAUCUUGAAGCAGCAGCAAGAAGAAGAGGAAAGGAAGCGACAACGUCGAGAAAAGAAGAAAGAGAAGAAGAAAGAGAAGGUAGACGAUGAGGAAAUUGAAGUUGACCCUGACGUUGCAGCAAUGAUGGGAUUUGGUGGAUUCGGUUCAUCCAAGAAGUGAUCUCUUCAUGCCAAAUCAAUCUUCAUGCCUCUACUGACACUGUUGUCUUUAUUGGUCAAUUUUACUGCAUCAACCACUUGAUUUAGGUUUUGAGAUUUGUACAAAUUGUAAUUUCAUGAACUUCAAAAUCUUGCAUACUUUACUGAUAGUGGUUUUAUGGAAAAGGGAGUUACUCAUGCUGCAUCGGGUUCUCAUUCAUUU